AUGGAGGCUCUAUUAGCCCAUUCGUUCGAUUACCUCUCCUCAUAUGAGCCUAGCAAGAUCCGCAAAGGAUUACGCCAGGUCGAGGGACUACUAGCACAGAUAUGUCUAUCGAAACCUAAGCCUGUCUCGGACCGGAGAUCACGCUCCCCAGAUACCCAGCCCGUGCCAAAGAUGUUGUCAGACUUGCGAGAUGAUCCGGCCUUUCGGGAAUUUUCCAAAUUGCAGGAAAGCUUUCAAUGGAACAGUAGGUCUUUGAAAUUCCUAUCAGAAAUAGUCCCUGAGUGCUCACCAUUUGCUUCAGUCGCUAUGCGCCUAGUAUCUUGCCUCGAACAUCUUCUAGGUCGAGGAAGCAACGGCACAAACGACAUGUUGAUCGUCUGCACACUGGAUCUAAUCCAAGGUGCCCUCCUCCUCCAUUGCAGUUCACGCACCCUCUUCGCCCGUGAAAUCUACAUGAACCUCCUCCUCGACCUCCUUGACCCGAUCAACUGCCCAGCCGUGCAAUCAGCAACCCUCCUCACACUCGUCACAGCUCUAUUAGACUGCCCAUCAAAUACACGCACAUUCGAGGAACUAGAUGGUCUCCUCACUGUCACAUCACUCUUCAAACAACGUGCCACCUCCCGCGAAGUCAAACUCAAGCUCGUCGAGUUCCUCUACUUUUAUCUGAUGCCCGAGACAAUGGCCCUGGCACCGAUGUCUCCCCCGCCAGGUCUGCAUCGCAGCCCGAGCAAACUGUCCCCUGCCCCCUUCUCGCGCAGUGCGCACUCCACGGCAAACUCUGCGAGUAAACCGAGUCGCGAUACACGCACGACAGAUGAGAAGCAAGCUCUUCUGGGGAGAUAUCUCAAUAAUGUGGAGGACCUCGUGGAGGAUUUGAAGGAGACGGCUCCGUUCGGGGCGACAGUUUACUGA